UAUAUAUAUAUAUAUAUAAUAAUAAUAAUAAUAAUAAUAAUAGUCAUGUUGUAAGGGUUGUGGGCUUUUGCUUUCUAACUUGCCAUCUUAUCACUUUCCUUAUUUUGUGACUUCAGUCUUGUAAAAGUGGGCAUCAUUUGGCCCCUGGGGGUCCGGGCUGCCCCGGCCCCGGCCCCCAAACCAAAAAUGCGUCGCUCUAGUACAGAUGAGACCCCGUACCGCCGGAGUCCGUCUCUGGACAGCAAGGGGUCGGCGCCUCUGCGCUACAGCGGCGAGUACGAGUACCACAGCUCGCCCUUCAUCUUCGGCCUUCGUAGCACACCGGGCUCAAAGAAAGCUACAGCCAGCUACACCACGGCACAGGGACGGAAAUAUGUGGUGUUUUACCUCGACCUGUCCUUCAUCUUUCUUCUAGAGCUGCGGCGCUGCAGGAUGGCCGAGGGCUGCCUGAGGGCCCUGAGAUACGGGAUGGUUUUCUUCAAUCUGCUCUUCUGGCUGGGCGGCUGUGGGAUUCUGGGAGUGGGAGUUUGGCUUUCCAUCACGCAGGGAAACUUCGCCACGCUCUCCUCGUCUCUACCAUCGCUCUCCGCCGCCAAUCUGCUCAUCGCUGUGGGAAGCAUCAUCAUGGUGAUUGGCUGCCUGGGCUGUGUGGGUGCGGUCAAAGAGAACCGGCCAUUACUCCUGAGCUUCUUCAUUCUGUUGCUUAUGAUAUUAUUGUUGGAGAUUCUGUUCAUGAUUCUGUUCUUCGCAUAUCAAGAUGAGAUUGAUCUGUAUGCACAAAGCGACCUGAAGAAAGGCCUGCAGCUGUUUGGGACUGAAGGAAACAUCGGCCUGACCAACGCCUGGAGCAUCGUCCAAACUGACUUUCGCUGCUGUGGAGUGAACAAUCACACGGACUGGUUUCACGUCUAUAACGCGACGCGUGUGCCGGACUCCUGCUGUCUGGAGUACAGUGAUAACUGCGGUCUGGAGAAUCCUGGCACCUGGUGGACAGCGCCGUGUUACGAGCGAGUGAAGGGCUGGCUGCAGGAGAAUCUGGUGGCUCUGUGGAUCUUCGCUCUGUGUACGGCUCUUACACAGAUCCUGGGGCUGGUGUUCUCCAUGACCAUAUUCUGUCACGCUGUAAAAGUGGAGACCUUCUACGCAUAGAGAUGCAGAACCCGACCAAACGCAUUCCUGCUUCUCCAUCCAACACUUCUGUGUUCGUCGCUGUAGAAAUCAGUCAUCAUGUUUCGCUAACACACUGCUAUUUGCAAAAGGAUUUUAUAAGCCAGAUCAACUGAAAUAACUGCUCUUUAUUGUGAAUAUUUAAUGGAAUUUUUUUUUUUUUUUUUUUUUUUUUGGUUAGGGUUUUCUUUGGUCUAUUUGUGAAGAAAAUACAGCAAUUUUAAAGAGGGAAACGGGAAACUAAUUUUAUAUUUGUAUAAUUUCAUAUUAAUAUGCGUGAAAUUAACAUCCACUGUUUAUAUUUAGUCAGAGCGAGUUCUCAAUAGAUUUAAAAGGUAAGAUUUUAGAAAACAUUUUUGUAUAUUUGACUUGUUUGGCAUAGUCUUUAAAACAAAAAGUAAUAAAACAGACACAUUUUACUUGAGCAAAUAAAGUACUUGCCAUAUGUAGGAAGAAGCACAAGUAUGUUCAGCAGAGCUGAUUCAGUUAAAGAGCAAAAGCACAGAUUAACGUUAUGGGAUUGAUUGUGGGCUCAAGAACCGAUUUUACACAAUGUGUGUCCUUUCUGUGCCAGGCAGUUCUACAUGAUACAUUCUACAUCAUUGCCUGCUUAGCCCCACCCACCAAUUCUACAUCACUGCCUGC